AUGUCCAAAAACGAAGAGCAGUCAGACGGAGAUAAUAUACUAGGUGAAGAUACUAUUCAAAUCAUCGUUCCUGGUAUUCAGAGAGACUUACAAACUGAAGUCAUUCUUGGUUUCGUGUUAAAUAUCAUAAUCUAUGCGUUCCUAUUAAUAUACUUUUCUGUUACCUUUUGGUACCUUACAACAAGAGUAGUACCAUAUUUAUUUAUAGAUGAAGUUUUCCACGUAACUCAAACCAUCCGUUAUAUCAAAGGAGAUUGGUUUUAUUGGGAUCCAAAAAUUACAACUCCGCCUGGUCUUUAUAUAUUAGGCUAUCUGAAUUAUCAAAUCGUAAAAAUGUUCACUUCGUGGAGUACCACUACACUUUUAAGGUUAGUUAAUUUAAUUGGAGGAACAGUUAUACUGCCUGCUGUUGUACUAAGACCACUGUUUUUAUUUAAUGCCAUUGGAUUUUGGCCUAUUACAUUGAUCUCUUUCCCAUUGAUGACGACAUACUAUUACUUAUACUACACAGACGUAUGGUCAACCAUAUUCAUUAUGCAAUCAUUAAAUGUUAUAAUAACGUUACCACUGGGUGAAAAUUAUAGUAUUUGGUUAAGUGCAUUUUUCGCUGGUAUAAGCUGUUUAUUCAGGCAGACAAAUAUCAUUUGGUGUGGAUUUAUCAUGGUAUUGGCAAUUGAAAGAAGAGCAAUGAUUCAAAAAGAAUUUAACACUCACAAUUUUAAUAAUUAUUUGAAGGCAUUUAUCUACUCAGUUGAUGAAUUUAAAACUGUCGUGUUACCAUAUAUGAUUAAUUUCAUAUUAUUUUUCAUUUACUUACUUUGGAAUAGGUCAAUUACAUUAGGUGACAAAUCCAAUCACUCUGUAGGAAUUCAUUUAGUUCAAAUUUUCUACUGCAUCUUUUUUAUAACGAUAUUCAGUCUCCCACUAUGGCUCUCAAAAAAUUUCAUACUAGGUUAUUUAAGAAGAUGGAACGUCAAAUUCAUUCAAUCAAUUUUUGAAAUAAUUGGUAUCAUUAUUAUUAUUCGUUAUUUUACAAAAGUGCAUCCAUUUUUAUUGGCGGAUAACAGACACUAUACAUUUUACUUGUUCAAGAAAAUAAUUGGAAACCAAAGAAGACUAAUCAAAUAUGGAUUAAUGUCUCUGGUAUAUCAUUUUUCAAUAUUUACUUAUGUCGAACUGAUGAGGACAUGUGAAUUGACAUUCCACCCUAUCUUGCCAUUACCAAUUAAAGAGACAAUUACAUUGCCAGUACAAUUAACGCAUAUAUCAUGGACUGCGCUUAUUUUAUGUACUAUAGUAACCCUGGUGCCAUCGCCAUUAUUCGAACCUCGUUACUAUAUCAUUCCAUACUACUUCUGGAGAAUAUUUGUGACAUGUAAUGCAGAACCAAUUAUAGGAGACAUUCAACCUCCACCUACCGGAUUACCUCCAAUAACCAUCGCCGCAACCAAUAGGCUAUUAUUCGAGUUUCUUUGGUUCAUGUUAAUAAACAUAAUGACCCUAAUUGUUUUCAUUAAGUACGAAUUCAGUUGGUAUACAGAACAAUUCCCACAACGUAUUAUUUGGUGA